GGGUUGUUUUUCCACUGACUGGGGUCUCCUCUCGGUUUCAGGCAGGAUCCCAUUUUAACAUGUGAAAUCCUCGUUUACUUGACUUGCUGGGGAUCUUCGCUUUCGGCAAGAUCUCUCUCUCUCUCUCUCUCUCUCUCUCUCUCUCUCUCUCUCUUAAUCUCUUCGAUUUCAAAUAUAGACUUUACUUGGAAUCCCAGUAAAUCCAGAGCUAAAGAGGCUUUUGCGAUUCAGAUCCGCUAUUCGUAUCGCGAUGGGUUUCCGUAUUGCAUUCUCCGUCUUGCUACUCCUCAUCUUCGCCGUUUCUGCUCAGGAGUCUGAUGUCGAUAAUAAGAGGCGGGAGUCCGGCGGAUCCUUGGAUCUGGGACGCCGUAGCAAGAUUAAUUUGAAUCUUCUCGAAGCUCUUGGAGAGAAUGGCGCCGAUUCUGUUGCUAUUGGUCUCAACGUGGACUCCGGUCUUGGAAUUUUUGAUGCCUUUGUUGCAAGCUUUUCAAUGAUACUCGUCAGUGAGAUUGGAGAUGAAACAUUUAUAAUAGCAGCUCUUAUGGCAAUGCGCCAUCCCAAGUCAAUUGUCCUAUCUGGUGCACUUUCUGCCCUGGUUGUAAUGACGGUACUUUCCACUGGACUUGGUAGGAUUGUGCCAAAUUUGAUAUCAAGGAAGCAUACCAAUAGUGCAGCUACAGUUCUUUAUCUAUUUUUCGGGCUGCGGUUACUUUAUAUAGCUUGGAGAUCUGAUCCAAAAGGUUCACAGAAGAAAGAAAUAGAAGAAGUAGAAGAGAAACUUGAGUCUGGACAGGGGAAGACAACCUUUCGCCGUUUCUUUUCUAGGUUUUGUACACCUAUCUUUUUGGAGUCAUUUGUUCUAACAUUUUUAGCUGAGUGGGGAGAUCGUAGCCAGAUAGCGACAAUUGCUUUGGCAACCCACAAAAAUGCAGUAGGCGUUGCGGUAGGUGCAACAUUAGGACAUACCAUCUGCACGUCUGUGGCUGUGGUGGGAGGAAGCAUGUUAGCAUCCAAAAUCUCCCAAAGGACAGUGGCCACCGUCGGAGGCUUGCUCUUCCUAUGCUUCUCUUUGUCCUCCUAUUUCUAUCCCCCUCUAUAAAGUCUGAACCCUAGUGCUAACCUGAUUCUUUAAGAGCCCUUAUGCUCUCCACUUAUUAUUAAUUUUUUUUUUGUGUUAUACAAGAGAUCAUUCUUCUGAUUCGUUUGUAAAACAUUAGUACUUACAACUUUACUAGUAUAUAGUGAUUUCAUCUGCUUCC